AUGAAGGACGACGAGGAAGGCCAGGCAUUCCUGGGUUCGCCUUCAUCAAAUUGGCAGCAAAGUUCCAGGAGCGUCACUGAGCAGAGUUUCGCUAUUGCGACCCACUACGUCGACAAUGUUAAGGAUGUCUAUUCGAGGUCACGACUGAACAGGUACAAUGUCACGAGACGGCAGCUGUUGAUUACCCUUGGCUGCCUCUUCUUUGGAAUCAUCCUCCUGACAGCAUUCGGUCGGUCGGGUUCAGUCACAGGCUUAGUCGCAUCUUCGGCCGCGGCUGGCAUCUGCAGUAAUGCUCGUGAGAACCCACACAGUAUCAAGGCACCGUCGCGACCGAACGUGGCUCGGUUGACGGCGGUAUGGCCUGGGGUGAAACAUGCGCUCGAAAUAGGAGGGAAGGACCUACCGAGCUUGGACAAACCGGACUAUGCCUUUCACCCUGACGGAGGACCGACGAUUGAGGAUUAUCGUGCCCGAACCGAUGAUCUCAGUGCAGAGGAUGCGCUGAAGAUACGGCAGAUUCAUGCCAAAUACAUCAAAGCCAUACCGAAGUACCCGAAAAAGACAUACAAGGGCCGGGGGAUAGUCAUGCUGGCAGGUGGGCAUUAUAGCGAAUUCGCCGCGACCUCCCUCGGCGUGCUGCGGGAGAUAGGCAGUAUCCUUCCCGUCGAAGUCUGGCGACGAGACGAAAGAGAAGAGAAGCACGACGGCUGGUGUCAGGAGAUCGAGAACGAAGGCAUGGCCUGCAGACGUCUCUCAGACUACCUAGACACCGACCUCAUCGACAUCAAAGGCGGCUACGAGAUGAAAGUCCUCUGCAUGCUCUUCUCCAGCUUCGAAGAAAUCGUCUUCAUCGACGCCGACAACAUGGCCCUCCAACGCCCGGAACUCCUCUUCGACUCCCAAGCCUACAAGGACACGGGUGUAGUCCUCUGGCACGACUAUUGGAACUACGACAACAUCGACUGGCUCGACUACGUCAUCGGCGUCAGCGACGAGAAGAACGAGAACCUGUGGGAACACACCACGCACGAGAGUGGUGAGAUCGUCUGGAACAAGAAACGAAACUGGGACGCCUUGAUGCUGGCAGUAUAUUACAACUACUUCGGCCCGAAACUCUACUAUACCCUGCUCAACUUCAAUUACGCCGGCUGGGGCGACAAGGACACCUUCGCCCUCGCCUUCCGCGCCCUCAAGAAGCCCUUCCAUACCGUCCUCGCUCCUCCCGGAGACGCCUGGGAGCGCGGAAAGGUCAAUACCCGUCGAGUCGGAAUGCUACAGAUGGCGCCUGGAAGUGAUCCACCCGUAGCUGCGUUCCUGCACGUCACAACGGUCAAAUGGUCACACAGAGAUUUCGUCUGCGAUGGGUGCUUACCGAUCUGGCAUACCGAGUCCCCCGGUGAUCCCUUCAUAAGUGGCUGGGAAGACUCGAAUUCCGAACUCUACCCUUUUCUACACAGUAACCUCAGUAUUAUCGAGCCCGAGGGUUUAGAUAAGUACAUGCCUACCACACCGGGCACGGAUGUCCCGCUCCAGCUCGAGGCCAUGCUUUGGAGGGCGACGGAGUACGCGGCGUGUCGGUCUCCGGCUUGGAGGCAUGAGCGGACUUGUGCGGUUGCGCGGAGGUAUAUGAUGGGGACGUGGGGGUUUACGUUUGCGAUGAAGGAGAAGCCCGGGAAGAAUACGACGGAGAUGAAUGGGGGGCUGGCGUGGUUGCCUAGUAUGGAGGCGAAGACGUGCCUCAUAGAUCCGCCGGAUUUGUGA